AUGAUGCACCUCUGCCCUGGCUCUCGGCUGCUCUGGUUCCUGUGGUCUCUGGUCCUCCCACAUGGUGUGGACGCUGGUUGUCAUAACGACCGAGACAAAGACAACCUUCUGCGUCUGAACUGCACCGCGAUGGGCUUUACACAAGUGCCCGAGGGAAUCGAACCAACAACCCAGGUUUUUCUUUUUCCUCAAAACCAGUUUUCAGAUUUAUCCUGGACCUCAUUCACAGACUUCAACAAACUGCACGAACUAGACCUCAGUGGGAAUCAGCUCAAAAACGAUGUAGCUGAUGGGUCAGGCACCAUCAUUGAUAAUCUCUGUUCCCCCCGGGGCCUAGACACUGGUGAGGAGGAGGGGCCAGAGGAGGAGGGGGGGGCCGGAGGAGGAGGGGCCAGAGGAGGAGGGGGGGGCCGGAGGAGGAGGGGCCAGAGGAGGAGGGGGGGGCCGGAGGAGGAGGGGCCAGAGGAGGAGGGGCCAGAGGAAAUAGAUGAGCUCUCCCCCAGCCCCUCCCCCCUCCUCCCCCUCCUCGCGGUCCUCCGCCUCGGCUCCAACCGGAUCCGUCUGCUGCAGGACCACAGCUUCUCUGCUGCUCCUGCUCUGAUGGAACUGUACCUGAACCACAACCUCCUCCAGGACCUUGGGAACCAGGCCUUCGCUGGACUCAGCAGACUGGAGAUCCUGGAUCUGUCAAACAACAUCCUCCAGACGCUUCCUCCGCUCAUGAUGCAUCCUCUGGUCGCCAUAGAGACGCUGUAUCUGGAGGGAAACAAGAUCCAGGUGCUGCCUGAUGAUUGGUUCAGCCAGAAGGAGGAGGUGCUGUACCUGUACCUGUCGGCCAAUCCGUGGUCCUGUUCCUGUUCCCAUGGUUACCUGCGGCGGUACCUGGAGGAGUACGAGGGGAACGUGUACGUGAGAGACGGCCCCAUCGUCAGCUUGGACCCUGACAGUGUGAGGAGACGGACGGAAAAGGAUCAAAACGACCAAACAACCAUCGGCCGAAAUCCCGCCCUCCACGUCAUUGACCCCCCCCUCAUCAACCCCCCCCUCAUCAACCCCCCCUUCUUCGACCUACCCCUCUUUGACCCCCCCCUCAUCGACCCUCCCCUCUCCGACAUCACCUGA